AAAGAAACCCUCCAUAGUACGCGCGCGAGGGGAAGCCGAAAAGGCAAACCAAAUCACCAACAAAAAUAGUAGGCCGCCCCCGUUUCUCCCUCGCGCCGCCUCGCCGCGGCCGAAAUCUCAAACGCACCCCCCCCCCCCCGCCCCCCCAAAAUUUUCGCUGCCGCGCCUUCUCGCCUCCCUUAAGAACGCGCCUCCCCGAGUUCUCCUUUGUCUCUCCCCGCGCCAUUGCCAAUCUCCGACGCGUUGUGGAGGUAGUUGUUGUCGGUGGUCCGGCUAUGCCGUCGGCCGUGGUCGUCCGCCGCGCGCGCGUGCGCGCCCGGUCGCAGUCGCCGCCGGGGGAGUUCGAUUCGGCGCGGCGCACGCGGCCGCGGAUGGAGGGGGAGGAGGAGAUGCGCGGUCGCGGCGGGAAGGCAUCGGCGCGGGCCCGGUCUCAGUCGCCGCCAGGUGGGUCCGGUUCCGCGGCGCGGGUGGAGGUGGAGGGGAUGGGGGCGUCGGCAGUGCCCGACGACAUGCUGCUCGAGGUGUUCAAGAGGCUGUCGCCGCUGGCGGACAUCGUCCGCGCCGCGGCGGUGUGCCGCCGUUGGCGGCUGCUCGUCUCCGGCGCCGGCGGGCUCCCCGCGCCGCCUCCGUACUUCGGGUUCUUCCGCAACUACGCGCCGUCCGCGCUUCCCCCUUUCGUCCCUGCAGCCGGCGUCGGCCUCGGCCUCGACCACGGGGCGCUCUCGGUGUCGCCCGCGUGCGGCGCCCUCCUCGUCGACUGCCGUGGCCGGCGCCUCCUGCUCCGCGAGCUCGGCGCCGGGUCGGCGAGAGAGCUCAAGCUCCUCGUCUGCGACCCGCUGAGGAAGACGUCCGUGUCCCUCCCCUCCCGCUUCGUCGCCGGACACAAGGUCGCCUGCUGCGCGCUCCUACCUGGCGCCGGCGCGGCGUUCCGCGUCGCCGUCGUCCUCUUCGGCGCUGCUGCCCACUUCGACAUUCUAGUGUACUCUUCCGCCGCCUCCGCAUGGGAGGCGGCCACCGGAGCGCUCAAGAAGUCCAUGAACCCACACCAAGGCCCGACGGUCGUCAUCGGCGACGUGGUCUACAAGCUCCAGAGCGAAGAAGACAAAUACGUAAUGGCAGUCGACGCGACCAAGAUGACGCUCUCGGCGGUGCCAUUGCCGAACACCGGGAUGCUCCUGUACGCCGGGAACCACUGGAUCGGCAAGACACACGACGGCCGUCUCUGCUUCUUCGCGCUGCGGGAGCAGCUCGUUCUUGCGAAGUGGGUUCUCGAGUCGCCGGGGAAAUGGGUGGAGCAGCCGGCGGUGGACCUGCGCGCGCUGAUGAACCCGGCCACCGUCGGUGACCUCUCCCGAAUCAAGCUCUCGGCGAAAAUCUCGGACCAGCUGCGCGGCUGCAAGCUCGUGAGCUUCGGUGGAUUCUGCGAGGGCACCGGCGCGCUGUUCUUCGUCAUGGCCGACUGGGUCGUAUCCCUCGACCUCGCGACGUGGAGGUUUGAGAGGAUGUGGCGCAACACCGAUGAGUCGAGGCCGCUCGGCGACAUCUUCCCCGUCGAGAUGAUGGUUUGGCCACCGGUGCGCCGCGGCGAUCUUGGCGAGAAGGAAUGAGGUGCAAGGUGUUCGACGAAAUGGCAGGCUACUUGAAUUGAAGGUGUUUUUUUGCUGUAGGCCUGUAGCGAUGAAAAGAUAACAAAUUAAGAAUGCAGUUUGCGAAUUUGUCGUCAAUUUCCAUUGUUACUCAAAAAUGUGAUUAACAAUGUGAUACAAUUCACUGAAUCAUACUGGAAUGGUGAAACUUUUUCUUUUUUUUUUUUGCGGGGGAAUGGUGAAACUUUUGGGUGGUUUUAUCUUUGUGAUAUCUCUUUCAUGAA